AUGUUAUCGUACAUAGUCGCCCUCGUGGCAUGUCUCAUCUUCUUCUCCAACCCGAUCCUCCAGCUCUUCUCUCCCCACACCAAGAGAGCCAUCCGGAGCGCUCGGCCCACGCUUAACGAGUCGCUUUUGGCCAUUCCUGGACCCAAUGACUCGUCGAUUGCGUGUCCGAGGGAUGCUUACGCGGUGCAUAUUUACUCAAGGGAGCCGUUGGUGAUGUAUAUUGAGAAUUUCUUGACAGAGGAGGAGAGGUCUCACUUAUUGGAUGUCAGCGAGGACCUCUUCCAACCCUCCACAAUCACCAACAACGGCGAUUCAACCCACCGCGACACCGCCAUCCGCAACUCCGAAGUCGCCCUGGUCCCGCGAACCCCAACCAUCCGGUGCAUCGAGCGCCGCGCCCUCUCCCUCCAAGGCUGGCGCGAAGAGCUCUGGAUCGAGCGUCUCCGCACGCAGCGGUACUUCCCCGGAGGCCACUACAGCCACCAUUUCGACUGGAGCUCGAACGCGGGCGGGUGGGGCCGUGUGAGCAGCAUCAUGGCGUGGGUGUCCGUGUCCGAGCGGAUGGAAGGUGGGGGCACGGAGUUUCCUUUGUUGCCGGCUCCGGUGUUUAGGGAUUUGGAGACGGAUCAGAGGACGGAGGCCGCGACGGAGGAGGAGAGGUUUUGGUGUCGGUUUUUGGAGUGCGUAGAUGGGAGGGUGGUUACGGGGGAGGAUGGGAUGGGGGUUACGUUUAGGGCCGUGGAAGGGAAUGCGGUGUUUUGGGCGAAUUUUAGGGCGGAUGGGUCGGGGGAUGGGUAUGCGGAGACGUGGCAUGCGGGGUUGCCGGUUAGGAAGGGGGUCAAGGUUGGGUUGAAUAUAUGGACUUCGGGCAGGAUUUAA